UUAAGUCUCUCUUACUCAAUCUCGCGCGCUUUCUCUCUCUCAUUCAUUCCUACACAGAGGCUCACAUGCCUGCUUUUCUCUAUUUGUCUCUCUCAGAAUGGCAAUUCUAAGUACAGCUUUUGGUAUUCUCUUCUAUUUACUUCAAGUCGUUUCUGGAGAAAGUGGCUAUGCACAGAACGGAGACCUGGAGGACUCCGAGCUGGACGACUACUCCUUCUCCUGCUACAGUCAGUUGGAAGUGAACAGAUUCCAGCACUUGCUCCACUGUGCUUUCGACGACCCGGACAUCAACAGCACCGGUCUGGAAUUUGAGAUAUGUUACCAGUCGACAGAGUUGAAGUCACACAAUGGGUCCCUUGUGGAUGUAAGUUGCCUGAGUCUCAGUAAACUGCAAGAGACAUAUCUCAUCAAGACAAAUAAAUUCUUACUGAUUGGAGACAGCAAGAUCUGUGUGAAGCUUAGAGGAAGGAUCUUAACCUGCAGGAAAAUGAAGAUAGUCCAUAUAGUUAAACCUGAGGCUCCUUAUGAUGUAUGUGUUGUCUAUCGUGAGGAAGCAAAUGACUUCGUGGUGACAUUUAAUACAUCGCACUUGCGAAAGAAUUAUGUAAAAAAUUUAAUACAUGAGAUAGCCUACCGCCAGGAAAAAGAUGCAGCUGAUUGGAUGCAUGUGAAUUUAUCCAGUACAAGGCUGACACUCCUACAGAGAAAGCUGCAACCCAAUGCAAUGUAUGAGAUUAAAGUCCGGUCCAUCCCCGACACCGACUAUUUUAAAGGCUUCUGGAGUGAAUGGAGUCCAAGUUUCCGCUUCCGAACUCCAGACACCAACGGCCAAGGGAAGAUGGACCCCAUUCUGCUAAUAGUCAGCACUUUGAGUUUCUUCUCUGUGGCUCUGAUGGUCAUCUUGGCCUGUGUGUUAUGGAAGAAAAGAAUUAAGCCGAUUGUAUGGCCCAGCCUCCCAGAUCAUAAGAAGACUCUGGAGCAACUGUGCAAGAAACCAAAAAAGAACCUAAAUGUGAGUUUCAAUCCCGAAAGUUUCCUGGACUGCCAGAUUCAUAAGGUGGAUGGCAUUCAAGCUAGAGACGAAGUGGAAGGCUUUCUGCAGGACACAUUUCCUCUGCAAGAAGAGGAAUCUGAGAAGCAAAGGCUUGGAGGGGGUGUGCAGAGCCCCCACUGGCCAUCUGAGCAUGUAAUCAUUGCCCCCAAAACCUGCAGAGGAGAUGCACCCCUCGGGUGCCUGGCUGGGAAUGUCAGUGUGUGUGACACCCCUGUGCUCCCCUCCUCCAGGUCUCCAGACUGCAGGGAAGGGGGCAAGAAUGGGCCUCCUGUGUACCAGGGCCUGCUGCUGGGUUCUGGACCUCCAAAUGUCACCCUGCUCCCUCCAUUUCCUUUCCAAUCAAAAAUCGUGACAUUGAACCCAGCUGCCCAGGGACAGCCCCUCCUCACUUCCUUGGGAUCAAAUCAAGAAGAAGCAUAUGUCACAAUGUCCAGCUUCUACCAAAACCAGUAAACUGUUUUAUUCCAGAAACCAGGCCUGGAAUAAACGUGAGUGCCUACGUCCCCUCACAGCACAAAAAAGACAAACUAAUGCGACUCCACAACCCGCGGGAUUCUGAAACGCUGCUGUCCUCCCCCGUCCCCACUUUCAGCACAAGGCAGGAACAUUCUGCUUCAGGUGAUCCAAAUGAUUCAAUUAUUUCAGAAAGUUUGCAAAGCUGAAAAGAGCACAAAAAGGGUGAGGGGAAAGGUGGAGGUGAAGGGACGAGGAUGGCAAGAAGAGAGCAAGGAAGAAAUGAGAGGAGGACAAGAAGGAGAGCCACUAUCACUGGAGUUUGCUGUAUGUGCAACACUGAGUCAGGGCUCGGCUGGUCUCCCUGAAUCCUCACAAUAAUUCUGGGAGAUGGCAGCCAUUAUUCUCCUCUCAAUGUUUUUGUUAUAGAUGAUGAAACUGGGGUUUAAAGUAACUUGUCCACGUUUCCCACUCAAGACUUGAUGCUCGAGAGUCUACAAGCAGUCUCCCCAGAGCCAUGGGCCUUCCUCUUCACCAGGGACUGCCCCAUUCUCGGGUGCCAAACCUUGCUGAAAACAGGGUGACCAUAUACUUCAUGUCCAUACUAAGUCUCUUUUGAAAGUGAAGGGAGAAUUUAUAAAUGAUUACCCCAGGAUGGUAAGCAUAAACUGGAAGUGUCUCAGACAAAAGCU